AUGACGAGUUUAUCAAGAGGUCUGUCAAGCUGGCAAUCGGGAAAAAAAGAAGGUGCCAGCCUUCUAGUGGGAGGCAAACGCAUCGGCGAGAAAGGAUUUUACAUCCAGCCAACAAUUUUUGGAGACGUCAAGCAAUCCAUGAAGAUUGCCAACGAGGAAAUCUUUGGUCCCGUGGUUUCAGUGCUCAAGUUCAAGACUCUUGACGAAGCCGUGGAGCUUGCAAACAGCACACACUACGGUCUAGCAGCGGCGGUCUUCAGCAAGAACAUUGACACAGUCAACCUUCUGACCAGGUCGAUCAAAUCGGGCGUUGUCUACGUGAAUUCCUACCUGGGAGACGGACCAGCAGUACCGUUUGGAGGCUACAAGAUGAGUGGAAUUGGUCGAGAGAAUGGAUACAAAGGCUUGCUUCCAUAUCUCUAGCACAAGUCCAUUCUCAUGCCUAUGGAAAACUCUCCUUGGAAUUGACUCUUUCGUUUUUCUUGUUUCA